CUGGACGUUCGUAAAUUCAGAGCAUUGUCAGAAUGUCCAUUCGUAAAUUCAGAGCGCACACUUCUCAAUCCUAAAGCACAACAUAGAUUCGAGCCAGUGUCUUAGUUGAACAUUUUGUUGCUCCAACCUCGUGAAAGUGACACAUUUACAUUUUUGUAAAAACCAACUUCAUAUCGAAGGAGUGCCUUUGAUUUGACAGCGUGCACAUGUACACGACUGUUAUGCCUUUGCUAGACAACGUCGCCAUGACAAUGCCUACAAGUGUGAUCGAGGGAUUUCUAUUGGAGGAGCAGUUUUAGCCCAUCUUCAUAUUGUACUGUUUUUGGUGUGGCACUAUUUGGGCUUGGUUACGAUAGGAGACCACUAAAGAAGGACACCUUUACAGAUUAGAUAGGCUGCAUGUGUAACGGAUGUGAAAUUGUUAGCGGGUACGCGCUAAUAGCGUUUCAAUCAGUUACGUCACUUGCUCCGGAACCUAGACCGCGGCUUUUGUGGAGCGAUGGGUAACGAUGCUUCGUGGGUGUCAGUUGUUAAUGUGUGCAGAGGGUCCCUGGUUCGCGCCCGAGUCGGGGCGAGGGGACGCCAUAAAGUUACACUGUUACACAUGGCUUUGUGGUUUACUUUCCCAUUUAAAUUCUCAAUGCAGUUAGCCCUAGGCAAAGGUCUUCUCUGGCCUAGGUUGGAGAUGUGGGCCAGUUAUUUGGGGGUAAUAAUGAACGAUUAACCGAAAUAUUUUUUUGUUAUUAAACAACUAAAUAACGGACGUCGAUUUAGUUCGUUUUAAUUUUUUUUGUGAUCCCAACGCGCUUUUUCUCUAGAGAAAUCAAAUCAUUCACGAGAGAAAUCAUCUCAAGAACGAUGUGGGACGCUGGGCGAAAGGGAGUUUUCAUUAAGCAAAUAUUCAACCUAGUUCAGCGCAAACGUAAUAAUUAACUACAAUGACCAUAAUCCAUUUGGGCUGUUUUUUUCCGUUUCGUAAUUAGUUCAACAGCCACAUGAAUCCCUCCUACAUUAGGUCGGAUGCACGUAGUUCGCAUGAGAGAGGAAUCUACACAACAACGACGAGAUAAAUGGCUGUAUUCCUCAGGGAUUAUUUGCCAGAAUUCGCCAGAGUUUGACGACCUGUUUGGUUUCUCUGUGGAAGACGUCCUUAUCGAGUUGAAAAGGGGAAACAGACUGAUUUGUUACAGAUGUAAGAAGAAAGGUGCCACGGUGGGAUGUGAGGUGAAACGCUGUAAGAAGUCCUACCACUACCCCUGCGCUGUGCGAGAUGGGGCCCAAAACUUCGAUGACCAUAGAGAAGAGAAGUUUACGUUGUACUGUCAGAAGCAUAAUCUGGAGAUAGCAGCAACCAAUGAAACAGUGAGUAGAGCUUUGUCUUUCAACGGGGAUUCAGAAACAGCGAUGAACAACAAUAGAGAAACGUCACCCAAGUUGUUUUGUCUGGUCUGUGAGAGGAAAGAGGAAAGCCUCAGUCUAGAACACAUGGAUAGUGGCAUUGACAAGUUGUAUUGUGAAAAGCAUAAACCACAGUCAUUGCAGAAAGAGCUGAAAGGACUUGAUGCAGUGGCAGGACCCUCAUCUUCCCAUAGUGACUCCAACAUGUCUACUAAACGACGGCAGAAACAAACACCCAAGAGACGGUUGAUCUCCUCUAGCACGUUAAAUUGUGAAAAGGAUGAACCACAGUCAUUGCAGAAAGAGCUGAAAGGACUUGAUGCAGUGGCAGGACCCUCAUCUUCCCAUAGUGACUCCAACAUGUCUACUAAACGACGGCAGAAACAAACACCCAAGAGACGGUUGAGCUCCUCUAGCACACCGGAAGUGAAAUCAUCAAAAAAGUCCAGAAAGGGAAGCAAGAGUAUUCAGGACGAUUUCUCAAACUCAGACGGAGAUGUGAAUGGAAUUGACAUGGAGUUAGCCCCUUUGGAGUCUGAUCUAGAAGACGGUGUGUUCUCUGAACACAGAAAUCAUGCUGAGGCUCUCACCACAGGAUGUCAGCCAGAACCUGAAAACAGAGACGAUAGCGAUGGGGACCAUACAGUCAUAGACUCAGAUGCUGAGUCUCAGAGUCUGUUGCUGCCUGUGAUGCUGUGUGUGGCGUCUGAAGAACCCUCUCAGGACACAAACAUCUCAGUGUGCAGUUCUCAGCCGUGUUCUGCGGCUAGUCCUGGUUCACCUGUCCUCUCUGGUCGACAUGGCAGCUCUCUCACACUUGGUCCCAUAUCAUCCGUCCACUCUGGUCCACUCAAUGUCACCAACACACCUACUCGUACCAGUCCACCGGUCUCACCCGUCCCCCCUGAUUGCUGUUUCACCCCUGUGUCCUCUCCACACUCUGUCUCCAAUCGUCCUCCGGCUGGGCCCGGAGGCCUGGGUUCACCUAUUGCUUCUGGCUCUGACUCUGCAGCCAGCAGAGUGUUCUGGGGAAGGUGUAAUGAAGCAGGCUGUACACAGUCCAUCUUCACCACCUUCUUCUCUGACAUGGUCAGCAUCUCCAAUAGGAUCCUGUCGGAUAAGGCCAGUCAGGAGGAUUAUGAUCUCUCUCUGAGAGUGAUGGAGGCUUCUGGAAAAUUAUCACAGAUGCUCUCAGAGCAGGAGAGAGAGUUUAAGAAGAAGCAAAUGGAGUUACAGAGAGCUACGGCAGCCAUAAGGGAUGCCAGGUCAGCCCUGAAGAGAUAAGCAGCCCUGCCAGAUCAACUACAACCCCCAUAAUCCACCUUCCCCCAUUCAGUUCAUUGGCAUCACAAGAUUUUAUGGGGUGCAUUUUGCAGCCAUAUUGAGAAUUUGAUUUCACAAUAGUUUUCACGUAGUUCCACUUUCUUACCUUGUCAAUAUUAUAAUCCCCCCCAAAAAAGUACUGUUGUUGUUUAUACUGUAUGUUCAACCUCCGAGACCGAGAACCAAUUAUGAAACAAGAGGCUGCCAUUUUGCUUGCCAGGAACAAAAGGAUGUUUUAACUUUAAACAAUAUAUAUUUUUAUAUAAAUAGGUCCCAAAAAGUGUUGCUAUUGUGUUGAUAGCAAGUAUACUAAACAUUAAGAACACCUUCUCUUUCUAUGACAGACUGACCAGGUGAAAUCUAUAAUCCCUUAUUGAUGUCACUUGUUAAAUCCACUUCAAUCAGUGUAGAUGAAGGGGAGGAGACAGGUUACAGAAGGAUGUUUUAGCCUUGUGACAUGGAUUGUGUAUGUGUGCCAUUCAGAGGGUGAAUGGACAUGACAAACGAUUUAAGUCCCUUUAAACGGGUAUGGUAGUAGGUGCCAAUCAUACUGGUUUGUGUCAAGAACUGCAGCACUGCUGGGUUUUUCACACUCAACAGUUUCCCGUGUGUAUCAAGAAUGGUCCACCACCAAAAGGACAGCCAGCUUUACACUACUAUGGAGUCAACAUGGGCCAACAUCCCUGUGAAACUCCUUCGACACCUUGUAGAGUCCAUGCCCUGAUGAAUUGAGGCUGUUCUGAGAGCAAUGGGGGGGAUGCAACUCAAUAUUAAAGUGUUCCAAAUGUUUAGUAUACUCAGUGUAUAUUUAUAUGUGAAAUCGUUGCAUUGCGUAGUACCUCAAAGCAUUCAUUUUUAUAUCCCGGACUGAAAUGUUUAACGUCUUCUGUACUUAGAACUUCUUAUAAUCUACAUGAUUAGGGUUCAGAGUUAUUCCUAAAUCAUAUGGGUAGGAACAACUUGCAUGUGUCUCAUUGCUCAUCCACUUUUCUUUUAACUGCACUGUUACAUGUUUGCACACUUUUUAUUCAUUCAGUAAUAAAUGAAGAACCAAACUUGUC